CUUUAUCUUUGUGUCAGCAGUCACUACAGUCAGUAGCUUUUUCUCUCACUAGUCACAUAACUAAUACCCAUAAAACAUUGAGAAAAUGCCGUUAAUAGCCAAACAGUCCUUGAAGAAAUGGGAAGAGGGAAAGGUUCGGUUACAACAGAAACCAUCUUGUAAAGUAAGACAUGGCCUCCGUCGGAGGUCUUCCCUCAUAAUCGUAAGUCAGAAGAUGAAGAAGGGUCGGAAAAAUAAGCCAAUCGAGGAGGACAAAACGACAUGGUUGAGUGCCAAUGGUCAGACUAUAGCCGUUGAGAAGAAACACAUCGUGAAUUUUGGAAUGGAUAUGAACAAUUUUUUUAAAACAAAGGCAUGCGAAAGUGAUCAAUGUCCUGAAGAUAGAAGCUCAUUGGAAACCAUAGCUUCGGAUAUGAUGAAUGUAUAUGAGGUUCAGCCUACUACACCUAAUCUAGGCAAAGAGAAAUCCCCCAUGAAAAGGAUAAACAAAUUUAACCUUCUCAUGAAUCCAAAACUUGUAAAUCCCAUUGGCAAACGCGUUUUGGAGAUUGCCAAGAACUCUCCACGACAACGCAAAGAAUAUUAUAAAGGGAGGGUUGAGAAGCACAAUUGCGGAAAAAAGUCAAACAAAUCUUGUCUUAAAACCACAAAAAAAUCUUUUACAAAAAAGCUAGCUGCAAAGCGAGAAUAUGAUGAUGUUACUCUAUGUGAAUCCGAAAACGUGACACCUAGAAAUGAUAUCACCUCUGAUCCAGAAAAUAAUGAGAUGGACUGCAUGGCAGAUGGGUUAAGCUCAGAAAAUGAAUCGGCGAAUUCUUUGUCAGACGAAGCUUAUUUUCAAGAGAAAGAGAAGAUCACCUUAGAUGACUUCAUCUUAGACUAUGAGUAUAGAUAUAACUUUAGCUUAAAUUUGGGAAGUGAAGGAUCCAUUUCAUCGGAAGAAGAAACCAUUCCAGAAAAUAAUGAGAUGGACUGCAUGGCGAAUGGGUUAAGCUCAGAAAAUGAUUCGGCGAAUUCAUUGUCAGAGGAAGCUUAUUUUCAAGAGAAAGAGAUCACCUUAGAUGACUUCAUCUUAGACUAUGACUAUAGAUAUAACUUUAGCUUAAAUUUGGGAAACGAAGGAUCCAUUUCAUCGGAAGAAGAAACCAUUCCAUCGGUAGGAGAAACCAAGCCGAAAGAUUUUGUUUCAGAAAAUGAAGAGGAAGAAAUAAAGGAAAUACCGAACUGCACUUCGCCCGGGAAAGGGUUGGAAAGGCCGAAUGAGACCCCAAUUAAGGAAAAUUCUAAGCCCCCCUCAGAUAUUAAACUCAAAGCUAAAGUCAAUACUAAUCGCCAACCGUUGGGACGCCCUGGUAAUGUAGCCGUUGUAAAUCCUACUGUAGCUCAACGUAAACCUCGUGUGAUGCGACCAGGACAGAGGUUAGUUACUCCUGUUUCCAGUGACAAUGGAGAUGGUGAUGUUUAUCCCACACUCCAGUGGGUCAUUGACCCGCCAACAGGCGAUCCCGCUACUUCUUGUGAAGUGCACUUACAUGACUUCAUUUAUCCAACGCCCUCUUAUUUCAGAAGACUCACGAGGGAUUUAUUGGACGCCUCGAUGGAAGAUGAAUUAAGUCGAAAAAAGAAAAAACAUAAUACGCGGAAAAGCAGGUUUUGCCGCCAGAGGGUACUUGAAAAGCUUAAUAUUCCCAGAGAAAGAAAACCGUUUCCUUCGACAUUGACAACGUACCUAAUUAACAUUUGUUUUUCAAUACUUUUCACGGCUCUUUUGUUUUACGUAUAUUAUAAGACUUAUAUUGGGCGACCUGUACCUCGGACGCUUUGGCAGAACGUUUUGCUUACUUUUGGAAUAACCAGAUAAAUGUUUUCCAAAUUUAUAAGUGUGAAAAUUAAAAAAAAAAUCAUAUAUGCAUUGGCUUGAAGACUGUUUAUAUUUUUGAAUUUAAUUUCAGUAAAUUGACCUUUAAAGUGCGGAAAUUAUUAUGUUUUGAGGAUAUUCUGAACACAAAAUGGAGCUGGCUGACAGCAAAUAGUUGCUCAUAUCAUUUCUCAUUUAUCAAAUGAGGUUCGAAAACCUUUUGUGGCCUCGUCAUGGAAUGCAAGUGUCUCAGAAACAAGUCAUUUAAAUAUUUAGUACCCAGUCGAUUACCCCUGCCUACUCCUUUCCUAAAAUACCCGAUUUGAGAUGAAGAUGGAGAUGGCAGGAACAACAGCCUGCCUGACAGGCAAUCGCGCCAGUGAACGUUAGCAAAUGCAAAUUUAAUGGUCUAUGAAAAAGGUAGCCGGGCAAAUGCUUUUAACCACAUCCGCUGCUAUUAGUUCACCGUCGGAACCGAAAGAACCGUCGGAUCCGUCGGAAAACCGUUGCUAAACAACAAGAGCGACGGAUAACAAUGGAAAAUGACGCCAGUGGAAAUGCGAAAAUCAAUGCGCAUUAGUGGAUGGUGUUGUUUCAUCUUAGUCUGCUGGAGAAUUGGCAAUAUCCCCAGUUAACCCUCGCUUAAAUUUUACAUUAGGCAAGUGGAUGUACGAAUCAAAGACCACCGCAUAAGCUAGCAGUCGAUUGAACAUUGAAAUCUGAAUAUCUGGUGUCGCUAACUUUUACAAUUAGAGAGCUCAUUUCAUUUGAAAUAAAAUGUA